UCGCUAGCCGGUCCUUCCCAGAUGCGGGGUCCGCUCUCCUCCGGCGCGGCUUGCCGUACCCGCCCCCCACCGAGGCCCGAGGCGGGUCCGGGGAUGCGGGGGCGGGGGGCGCCAGGCCUUGUCCCUCCCGCGUGGGGCCCGUCCCCGCGCCGCGCCCCUGUGGGCUGGCGUCCACCCGUCCGUGUGGACCGUUGUUUCCCUCCCGCCUGCAGUGCGGGCUGCUUGCUAACUAAACGCGGGGGUCUGGGGGCUUACCUAGGAGGCUGCGCCUUACUCUCCGCGGUUUGUUCGUGUGCGUGCCUGCCAGCUCGCACUCUCCGUCCUGGGAGGCCGCUCUCGGGGUCCCUCGUGGGGGGGGGGGCGCCUCUUUCCGUCCUUCCCCCCCCCCCAUUCUCAGGUUGGGGAGAUCUGGCGGAAUCUCACAUCGCUGUGGGUUUAGUGUCUCCUCUUGGCGCUUCUCACCAAUCCCGUCCAUCCUGCGUGAUCUUCUGUGAGCUGCUUUUCUUUCCUUCGUAAAGUCUGCCUCUUGGCCCGUUUCACUGCCCGUGCCGGGCUGGUGGCGCCGCACAACCUUUGUCACCGGCCCUGGGGGAGAGGGUUCAACCUACCCUCUCCUGCAAAUUGUCUGUUUUCCUGGACUUGUUGAGGUGUCCUGGUACCCUCCCCCCCACCCCCCACCACGUGCCUGGGCAGUCGGGAGCUACAGCACACUUGGCCAUGGGCUCCGUUUUGAUUUGGUUUGUGAUUUGGUUGCUGAAAAACGUAUUAUUGGGAGAGAAGAGACAUCUUAUUUUAUUUUUAAGCCUAUGUUUUUGAGCAAGUGAGAGUAAGUGCACACAUUGGGGGGAGGGGAGUGAGCAAGUGACUGGCAGAGACAGGGAGGGACAGAGAAUCCAAAGCAGGCUCCAUGCUGUCAGUACAAAGCCCACCAGGGAGCUCCAACCCACAAUAUGAGAGAUCAUGACCUAAGCCGAAGUGGGAUGCUUAACCGACUGAGCCACCCAGGCGCCCUGAGGGAAGAUACAUUUUAAGAAUUGAUGUUAUUGUUACGAUUUGGAACUGUUUUCGUUAGAACAUCAGAGCUAGAGGUGAAAACUUUGACACUGGUUAAUUUCUGAGGUAGAGAGCUGAGCUUAAAAACUACUUGUAAAAGAUUGGAGACAGAUGUGCCAGAAGAUGGUGGGAGGGCCUGGGCUGAGGUGGCAGGCAGCGGCUCUUGGUUGUGCUUUGCCACCAGAGUGCCACCAGCCGUCCAGCCCCAUGUGCCCAACACAGGGAGCUGUUACCACUGACUCGCCUUUCCAGAGACUGCUCAGCGCCCCGGGCCUCUGGAAAGACCCGUGCCUGUACAUCCCACGCUUUGCCCACCUGCUGGAGUUUGGGGAGAAGAACCACGAGGUGUCCAUGACGGCCCUGAGGCUCCUGCAGAGGAUGAAGAGGGACUGGAUGCACACUGGCCGGCGCCCCUCGGGCCUCUGCGGAGCAGCACUUCUGGUCGCAGCCAGGAUGCACGAUUUCCGGAGAACCGUCAAAGAGGUCAUCAGCGUGGUCAAGGUGUGCGAGUCCACGUUGCGGAAGAGGCUGACGGAGUUCGAAGACACGCCCACCAGCCAGCUGACCGUGGACGAGUUCAUGAAGAUCGAUCUGGAGGAGGAGUGUGAUCCCCCUUCAUACACAGCUGGGCAGCGGAAGCUGCGCCUGAAGCAGGCGAGUCCCCGUGUCCGUCCAGCACUCGAGUCCCUCGAGGCACUUCCUAGAUCUCGUGUCACGUUCCUACUUUGGGACGAGAAGCUUAGUUACAAAGGCUCGACUGGGUCUGUGUCCACACGGCUCGCAGGGAGAGGCGGCAGAUGGGUGGGUGAGCAGUGGGUGGGGCACCAAGGGCCAGCUCUCCCCAGGCCGUGGUCCCCAUGCCUUCCCAGGGCGUUUCGCGUACAGUGCCUUGGGCGGGCGCUGCCUUGCUCUGGGGCCUGGUCGUUAACGUUUACCUGGAGGGCUGGGGUCCAGGGCCGCUGCUCCGUGUGCAGCCUGCGGGGCCCCCAGAUGACACCCGGGAGGGGGGUCUGGGCAAGGCCCGGUGGUCUGCGACGAGAGGCGGGGGUGCACGCCGCGUCCCUCUUUCAUGCCUGCCUGUCUCCACUGAAGGUUCUGGGUGCUUUGUUUCAGCUCGAACAAGUUCUGUCCAAAAAACUGGAGGAAGUUGAAGGUGAGAUAUCCACCUACCAGGACGCGAUUGAGAACGAGCUGGAGAGCAGCCGGCCGAAGGCAAAGGGGGCCCUCGCCAACCUGACCAGAGACGGCUCCGUGGAGGACACCACGUCCAGUGUAUUCGGGGAAGACGAUGCUGAGGACGAGGAGUUAGAAGCCGCUGCCAGCCACCUGAACAAGGACUUUUACCAGGAGAUCCUUGGUAGCGGCUUGUCCAGCAGUUCCGAGGGGGCCGGAGACCCCGACGGGGACGCCAGGCCCCCUGCCCUGGAGUCCCUGCUUGGCCCCCUGCCCACCGCGGCCAGCCUGGGCAUCUCAGACUCCAUCCGAGAGUGCAUCUCCUCCCAGAGCCAGGACCCCACGGACGCGUGCGGGGACGGCGAGCUGGACCUCAGUGGCAUCGACGACCUAGAGAUCGACAGGUACAUCCUGAACGAGGCGGAAGCCCGCGUGAAGGCCGAGCUGUGGAUGCGGGAGAACGCGGAGUACCUGCGGGAGCAGAGGGAGAAAGAAGCGAGAAUAGCAAAGGAGAGGGAGCUUGGCAUCUACAAGGAGCACAAGCCCAAGAAGUCCUGCAAGCGCCGGGAGCCGAUCCAGGCCAGCACGGCCGGGGAGGCCAUCGAGAAGAUGCUGGAGCAGAAGAAAAUCUCCAGCAAGAUCAACUACAGCGUGCUCCGGGACCUCGACAGCAAGGGCGGGGGCGGUCUGCAGGAGGAGGACGCGCAGCCCGAGGGGCGGACCGCCACCCGGAAGCUGCCUCGGAGGAGCACGCCCGCCAGGAGGCACAGGGCCGACCCCGUGGCCAGCGUGGGGAAGAGGUUGAGGCCAAUGGUGUCUGCGCAGCCGGCCAAGAAGGCGGCCGCAGGAGAGCCCUUGCCCCUGAGCCCAUCCACCCUGGGAGCCGAGCCCGCCAGGCCCACGGCGGUGCUGGUGGAGAGUGGGCCCGUGUCGUACCACCCCGAGGACGACCCCGAUGAGGACGACCCCGACGAGGAUGACGGGGAGCCCUGUGUCAGCGCCCUGCAGAUGAUGGGCAGUGGCGAUUAUGGUUGUGACGGCGAGGAGGACGACGGGUACUGAGCCGUGGCCCUGCAGCCGUGGCGUCUGGCGGUGGGGGCCUCGGUGGGCCCGCCUGCCCCGCAGCCCUCACCACAGGCGCUCAGCACCUCCAUGGCACUUGCUGCCAGGACCACGUCGGGAGCGUCGUCGGGAGCGUUUCUGCCCAGCAGGGGACUGGACCGCUGCCUGUGCGUCUGGUCCGAUGUGUCUUGUCCCGUGGAAGGAAACUGAGGCGUGAGAAGGCCCGCUUUUCGGAGCGAGUGGAGGGCUCCUUGUGGAGCCGGGUGCCUUGGCCCCCACCCCUCCCCGGGGCUGAGAAGCACUGCACCAGCCCCACCCCCGCGGGGCCAGGGCCACUCUGUGCCUGUGGCUGUGUCUUCAGCCAGACCUCGGACUCUGGCCCACUCCUGGCCCACGACAGGACAGUUGGCUCCAUGACCCCUGGGUGCACAGCUGCCCUGGGCAGUGCCCGCACAGCCUCUGGUGGCUGCCCAGGGUGUUGGGCUGGCCCUGCUGCAUGGAGCCAGACCCAGGAGCCGGACCCGGGAGCCGGCGCUGGAGCCGGG